UUCUCAGAAAACACUGUAAACAUACAUUGUUGGUGUCUGUAGGCAAGACAAUGAGCAGCAUCACGAAACUUGCACGCUCCAAUGCGUUUAAACCAAUCCCAAACUUUGUCAGAAGCUCUCUACGCAACGCCUGCGUCGAAUCAAGUCAAAACACAGAGUCACCUCCUUAUAGACCCAAGAAGCAUCACAUUUUAGCAACCAAUCUAAUCGUUUCAUAUUUCGAAAAAGGCUUAGUCGAAGAAGCACGCUCACUGUUCGACGAAAUGCCUGAGAGAGACGUAGUAGCUUGGACCGCGAUGAUCACUGGUUACGCUUCUUCUAACUACAAUUCUUGUGCUUGGGAGUGUUUUCAAGAGAUGUUUAGGCAAGGAACGAGUCCAAAUGAGUUCACGCUCUCGAGCGUUCUGAAGUCUUGUAGAAACACGAAGGUUUUGGCUUAUGGUGCUUCUGUUCAUGGGGUUGUAGUUAAACUUGGUAUGGAAGGUUCUUUGUAUGUUGACAAUGCUUUAAUGAAUAUGUAUGCGACUUGUUCGGUAACAAUGGACGCGGCGUGUUUGAUUUUCCGGAAUAUUAAGGUGAAAAAUGAUGUUACUUGGACUACUUUAAUCACCGGGUUUACGCAUUUGGGUGAUGGCAUUGGUGGUUUAAAGAUGUAUAAGCAAAUGUUGCUGGAGAAUGCUGAAGUGACGCCUUACUGUAUAACAAUAGCGGUUAGAGCUUCCGCUUCGAUUGAUUCUGUUACAACGGGAAAGCAAAUUCAUGCAUCAGUGAUUAAGCGCGGGUUUCAGUCUAACCUUCCGGUGAUGAACUCUAUAUUGGACUUGUAUUGCAGGUGUGGGUAUUUAUCAGAAGCAAAACGUUAUUUCAAUGAGAUGGAAGAUAGAGAUCUGAUCACAUGGAACACUUUGGUAUCCGAGCUCGAGAGAUCAGACAGCAGUGAAGCUCUGCUCAUGUUUCAGCGGUUUGAAUCGCAAGGCUUUGUGCCAAAUUGUUACACUUUCACAAGCUUAGUUGCUGCAUGUGCAAAUAUAGCUGCAUUGAACUGUGGCCAGCAACUUCACGGAAGGAUUUAUCGAAGAGGGUUUAACAAGAACGUUGAGUUAGCCAAUGCUUUGAUCGAUAUGUAUGCUAAAUGUGGUGACAUACCAGACUCUCAAAGAGUAUUUGGAGAAAUCGAAGAGAGGAGGAAUCUGGUGUCUUGGACUUCAAUGAUGAUUGGGUAUGGAUCACACGGUUAUGGAGCACAAGCUGUUGAGCUUUUUGAUAAGAUGGUUCAUUCGGGUAUUAGACCCGACCGGAUUGUGUUCAUGGCGGUUCUGAGUGCGUGUCGCCAUGCCGGUCUAGUGGACAAAGGAUUGAAGUACUUUAAAGACAUGGAAAGUGAGUAUGGUCUUAUUCCAGACCGAGAUAUAUAUAACUGCGUAGUGGAUUUGCUUGGAAGAGCUGGAAAAAUAGGCGAGGCUUAUGAAUUGGUUGAGAAGAUGCCGUUUAAGCCAGAUGAAUCCACGUGGGGAGCGAUUCUUGGGGCUUGUAAAGCGCAUAAGCACACGGGAUUGAUAAGUAGAUUAGCUGCAAAAAAAGUUAUGGAGUUGAAACCGAGAAUGGUGGGGACUUAUGUGAUGCUUUCGUACAUCUAUGCAGCAGAAGGUAAGUGGGUCGAUUUCGCGAGAGUGAGGAAGAUGAUGAGGGUGAUGGGGAACAAAAAAGAAGCCGGUAUGAGCUGGAUCGAAGUCGAAAAUCAAGUAUUUAGCUUUGCCGUGAACGAUAAAAUGUGUCCUGAUGCGAGUUCUGUAUAUUCAGUAUUGGGGUUACUGAUAGAGGUGACCAGAGAAGCUGGCUAUGUUCCUGACUUAGACACCUUAGUUUAUGAUCAAGAACUCGGAACGUAAACAUGAGGGCAUUGGUAUAUUAAUGCUCUAGUGCUACUGUUUGUUGUUAAGUUGUCGGUUGGAUUGAUACUCAACGGCUUUUUUCGCCAUUGAAUGACGCAAGACACAACUAACAAAGAUCAAGAAAGUAAAGAUGACUGACAUCAAAGGAUUUCUUGAAGACCACAGAAUCUGACAAUAUCUGAACAAAUCUCUUUUUAGGUAUGGCUCUAUGCAUACAUAUAGUAUUGGAGACUGUCCUACUUUUUAAAGAACAAACAUCACCAUACCUCGAUUUAGAUCAGGUAAUGGCUAAGUUUAGUGUCAGGACUCAGGACAAUCUUAACCUGCCUCAAUGGAUCAAAGUGUUGUUGGUCUAUUUAUAGUACAACUCUUCUUUCUUGUGUUGAGACUGUGACUUUGUGAUAGCUUCCAAGAAACUUUUAGAAAAUUGUUGGCUAUGAAGUCACCUCUAAGUUUGCUUUAUUAAAGCUAAAGAUAUUGCUUUCUGUUGAAAUGUUAACAUCAGAA